UGACUGAAACUAAAAAUAGGCCGUGUGGAACCUUUACGAUUUCAACAGUUUAUUGCAUUAUUUUUUUUGUAUUUUAAUUCACGUUGUGUUUUGUUUAUUUCUGCUUUUUUUUUGCUUUAGCUUCCCAUAAAAGGUCAUUAAAGACACAUUGUCCUCACCUGUUGCAGGUAAACAGGAAGUCGCUGCAGGUGCGGGAGGGAGACACGCCCGCAGAAACCUGAAGCUCCCGGAAAAAACUUUUUCCCCCCAGAGUCACACACCGUACCGUCAGGUCACACAGACAUUUUGUGGACGACUCAACCGGAGAGGAGACUUAUUUGAAAGACACUUUGAGACAUUUUUCUUCGUUGUAAGCUCUUUCUCGUAUAGCUAGAUUUUAUUUAUUUCUUUUCUCUUAUUUUGCUCGCAGGGCGGAUUCGUUGACAAGAGUCAUCUCUUAGCGACCAGCAGGCCUACAGGCUCGCCUCUGAAAACAGCCUUUGGAGGCUUUAGUGCAAGAAAUAAAAAGGAAGUUUUUGUUUUAGUUUAUUUUAUUUUUUUAUUUGGAGUCUGGUGUUGACACCUGAUGGACUACAUGGACAGUGGACUGAGAUACACCCCGAAGUCGGACAAAGACUGGGAUACCUCUGUCCAGUUUCUGCCUGCAUCGGACAACAAAAAGCUUGAGAAGAAAAAGGGUCCGGGAAAAGUUGGGGCUGUGAUCGGCGUGAUCGUCUUCGCUGCAGUUGUUGCACUUAUGACCGGACUGCUGGUCUGGCAUUUCCACUUCCGUAAAGAUGUGCGACUCAAGAGGAUGUACAGCGGCUCCAUGCGGAUCACAAACCAGGUGUUCGAAAACGCCUACGAGAACUCCAACAGCUCCGAGUUCAAGGCGCUGGCGAAGCAGGUGACUUCACAGCUUAAAACCAUCUAUUCCAGAAGUCCACAGUUGACCAAAUACUACGUUGGUUCUUCAGUUCAGGCUUUCAGUGAAGGCAGUGUUAUCGCCUACUACCUGUCCGAGUUCAACAUCCCUUCAGGCCAAGAGGCUUCUGUCGACAGCGCCAUGUCUGCGAUGGAGAAGCUGGUGGACAAAGAGCGGCGUACCGCGAACAGACCGAGCAACUCUCUGGUCCUCGACGAUGUGGUGUCUUCAGUACUUGACUCCCGGCUGUUUACAACAUCAUUCAGCAAAUUUUUCAAGUUUUCAGAACAUACAAGGACGAAUCAGAUGGGGCAGAUCCAGUCCCCCGGCUUCCCCAACAAACCUUAUCCCCCCAACACCUUCAUGCAGUGGCAGCUGAGAGCAGACCCCAACUACUACAUCAAGCUGGAUUUUGAUACGAUGAAUCUCGAAGAGAACUGCAAAAACGACUUUGUCAAAAUCUACGACUCACUGGUGGCCAUUGAGAGCCGAGUUAUGGAAGAGAUGUGCGGGUACUACUCCCCUAGUGAACCGUUGACCUUUCUGUCUUCUGGCAACGUCAUGCUGGUGACGAUGGCCUCCAACGAUAAGUUGAACUUCCCAGGAUUCAGAGCAAGAGUGACACAAGUCAAACGUGGAAGUAAAGGUACGACCUGCGGUGGACAACUGACGGGUGAAACAGGCAACUUCUCUUCUCCCAACUUCCCAAACUAUUAUCCUCCUCGAACUUCAUGCCAGUGGACGAUCCAGGUCCCUGCUAAUAAGGCUGUGAAGGUGACAUUCAGAAAGUUCUUCUUGUCUGAGCCGGGGCAGGAAAACCGUAAAGACUGUCGCAAAGACUAUGUGGAGGUCAACGGAAAGAAACUGUGCGGAGACCAGCUAGAUGGGCCACAGACAGAAACCAGCAAAGACAACAGAAUGAACGUGAUGUUUUACUCCGAUGCCUCGUAUGUGGACCGAGGAUUCGAUGCGUGGUACGAAGCCAUCGAUGUCAAGGACCCUUGUCCAAAGCAGUUCCAGUGCAGAAACCAGCGCUGCAUUAAGAUGAACCUAAAGUGUGAUGGCUGGAAUGACUGUGGAGACAUGAGUGAUGAACUUAAUUGCAAAUGCGAUGCAAAACGGCAUAUCAGUUGUAAAAACGGGUUUUGUAAGCCCAACUUCUGGAAAUGUGACGGCGUAGAUGACUGUGGAGACCGCACAGAUGAGGAGAACUGUGGUGGAUGCAAGUCUGGAGAAAUAACAUGUAAGAAUAGCAAAUGUGUUUCCGAGAAGAAGAAAUGUGACGGCAGAGAUGACUGUGGGGAUGGGUCAGAUGAGCUCGACUGUGCAAGAACGACUGCUACGCGCUGCACUGAUCUCACAUAUAGAUGUAAAAACAAUAAAUGCAUCAGUAAAGUGAACCCAGAAUGUGACGGGAACCAGGAUUGUGAAGAUGGAUCUGACGAGUUGAACUGUGACUGCGGAAGGAGUAUGUUCAAGACGUCACGUAUUGUGGGCGGUCAGGAUGCAGAAGAUGGGGAGUUCCCCUGGCAGGUCAGCCUCCAUGUCAAAAACUACGGUCACGUGUGUGGAGCAUCUCUCAUCAGUCCACGCUGGCUCGUCACUGCUGCCCACUGUGUGCAAAGUGACGGCAGGACAAGAUAUGACCUGCCCGGUACGUGGGAAGUUUACCUCGGCCUUCACACCCAGCGGACCAUUGGAAGUGCCGUGGUGAAGAAGAACCUGAAGCAGGUCAUAUCCCACCCCAACUACAACGCACACACCUAUGACAAUGACAUCGCCCUGAUGGAGCUGGACAGUCCUGUCACCUACUCCGACUACAUCAGGCCCAUCUGCUUGCCGGCUCCCCAACAUGACUUCCCACCCGGUAACACUGUGUGGGUCACUGGAUGGGGCGCCACUCGAGAAGGAGGGUUUGCUGCACGUGUGCUCCAAAAGGCCCAGGUCCGAAUCAUCAACCAAACAGUAUGUGACAAGUUGAUGGAAGGGCAGCUCACGUCUCGGAUGUUGUGUGCAGGAGUGCUGAGUGGGGGAGUCGAUGCUUGUCAGGGGGACUCCGGCGGCCCACUUUCCAGUCCGUCCGGCAGUCGUAUGUUCCUGGCAGGAGUGGUCAGUUGGGGGGAUGGAUGCGCCCGCAGGAACAAACCUGGCAUCUACACAACAGUUACCAAAUUCCGCGGGUGGAUCAAAGAAAAGACAGGAGUGUAGAAAACAAAAACGGCCACACAAGGCCACAUUGACAUGAAAAUGGACUGAUUUUUGCUUCACCACUCUGGCUUCAAGCUGACGUCGUGGCCUGGACUGCCAGUCACAGCUGCAGUGGAAAAUGCACUGCUGGAAGAUACACAAAUUUAUGUCCACUGCGAUUUUUAUGAGGGUGGGGUUGAUUAAAUGUUUUUAAAUGUAAAUAAAUGUUUUAUUUUUGUGUGUUUUGAUGGAGAACAAUGUUAUGUGCUGCACAAUAAAUAGAUUUUAGGCAUGCUUGUUACACACAUACACAAAAUGAAUUGUACAUCCUGUGCUGUGUUGUGUUUUAUCAGUAGAUAUCAUCAGAAUUUCCCACGACUUUUCCUUGCUGUCUUUGUUCUUAAUUUUAUAAAUUAAAAAUAAAAUGACAGCAAGCUCAGUCCAUCUUACCUCCUAUGGCUUGGUAUCUUACACAUUUUAUUAUAAGUCCAGCAGAAAUCCCUGAAAAGUUACUGAUGUGAUUGUUCACUUAGGAAAGCAUUACCCGUUUCAACAUGGAUGGUAUUUCAUUUAAUCUGCUGUGAACUGCUUUUUAAUCAAGACAAUAACAUCAUUAGUUUUGUUUCAUGUUUAAUAUGAUGUAAUUUGUCCGUUCAGCACAAUAUUAGUAAUCAUUGUAAUUUUUAAGCUGUCUCAAAUCUCUUUUAGAUGUUUGUUUUUAUAGCAGAUGUUUUAAAUAAAAUAUU